UACGAUCAUUUGUGUUAGAGCCAGUGUAUGCACUUGUUACUGUGCGCCUUUCGGACCUCUGCGGACUCCUUCGCUACAGAAUGGCUGAUCAGCAACCCAAGACCGACUUGAAAUUACGAUUACAUGUACUAGAGGCACGAAUGGGCGAUCUUGUGGCCCGAUUUGAUGCAUCUAAUCUGCAGCUCUAUCAUCUCAUUGCGAGGAUUGAAAAGCUAGUGCUUCGGUGCAAACAGAUUCUGGAAGCUGGAAGGCGUGCUUUUGACGCGGACGUGCAAGAUAAUGCGAGUUCACAUGAGACAGCCAAACCUACACAAGUGUUCGGUGACACUGUGAAGAAGGAAGACAAAUCUGUACAUGGAGGAAUAGCGGAACCGGAAUUACAGAAAUCGUCACAUAUUGCGGAACACUCUGUGGGAAUAUUAGAAUCAAGGUUGUCACAGCCUUCACUGGAAGCAAUAGAGAAUCGACCAAGAGAACGGGAAGAUAAAACACAAGACGAUGGGCUGUUGGAACAUGGACCACUGAACGAGAGGGAAGAAUUCGAAGACGAAAAUCGCGAACAGGAAGAACUGAUGAAGAUGGAGAAGCCAGAUGAGUCAGGUGAAUUGGUUCAAGAUUUAGCUGCAAAUUCAGAGAACCAGGAACAUUUCGGACAAGGAACCACAGAGCUUGGAGAGGAUUCUGUCGAACUGGAAGCCGCGAAAGAACCUGGGACAGAGCUUUCUGAAAGAGUAAGGCUAGCAGAGGGGGCUGAAGACAGCAAGAGAGGUGAUGAAGAGAAAGGAAAUGAUUACGAAUUAGAAGCAGAGGAAUGCAAUCAGGAGGGACGGACUGCUGAAGAGAUAGGCAAACAGGAAGAGGCGGCACAGAGUGAGGCCGGUAAUGAAGGAGAAGGUAUAGAGGACGUUGUGGUUUCAAGUAAUGCAGAGAAUGAGGACCAGGAGGUACGGCAUGUCUUUCCGCAACCAACAGACAUUCAGGUACAUAUGGAGGAAGCUCUGCUGGAUACGUCGGAACGGCUAGAGAGGCGGUAUUCUGAAGAAGCAGACAUAAGGGACGACUCACGAAAUAAGACAGAGGACUCGGAGGAGAAUGAGCAUACUUGCGAAUUAGACGAGUGUAUUGAAGAAGUUAGAUUCGAUACCUCAGUCAGACCAGAUGGACGGAUAUGUGGAAAAGGAAGGCAAGAGAAGGAAAUGGUAAAAAAUAAGAAAGAGGGUGGAGAGGAGAACUCCCGUGAUUGCAAACCAGAUCUCGAAAACCUGGAGGAGUGUACUUCAGAUCAUUCAAGCAGACAUCUCUGUGAAGAGGCAGAAAAACAAAAGGAUGUGGCAGAAGAUGAGCCACAGGAAGGAGACGAAAAGGGAGAGUACGAAACAGUACGGACGAAAAUGGAAGAGUGUACUGAAGAAAGUAGGUUUGGUACUUCAGAAGACGCGGAGAGAAGGAACAGUGCAGAAAGAGUGAAGGGAGCAGAGGUGUUACAAUUGAAGACAGAGGCCGAAGAAGAGACAGAACUUGGUUACAAAUCACAACCGGCAAAAAUUGAUGAGGGCACUAAGGAAGUUAAUUUGGAUACUUCAGAAAAAUCCGGGAGCCGGCUUUCCGACGAAACAGGAAUGGAACAAGAAGCGCUGGGAAGUAAAAUACAGGAAGGAGAAAUGAAGCAACCUGGUUCUGAAUUAGAGAUGUCAGCAGUGAAGGGAAGUUUCAUAGCAGUUAAUUUGGAUACUUCGAAAGAUUCGGGGAUGCAACUUCCUGAGGAAACUGAGAAGAGAGACGUGACACAAAAUGCGAUACAAGAGACAUUGACAUUGAUCACAAUUAAUAUAAAAAACAAAAUGGAUGUUAAGAUGCCAUAUGCAUUGAGGAAAUCUGUAGGUGACUGCAUUACGAAACUGGUCGACGCUUCUGUAACGGAGUUGAAGCAGACAAUCCGUGCGCUGGAGGUCAAACUGACAGAACAGAAUCAUGUAAACUACAGGCUCAAAGACGAAAUUCGGCGGUUGUACACAGAACUGACGAAAACAACGAAAAAAAAUAGUUCGUUAGUAGAGCAGGUUAAAGCAUUUCAAGAGAGAGCUAAUUCCGAGGCUUUAAUGCAGAAAGUUUAUCAGAAUUAUGCACUGGACUUGGCUGAAAAAUGUUACGACGUAAGUGUCAGUGCUGAAAAGGGGCUAGUGGAACGCAGACGUAAGUGUUUGGCUUACAGAAAUUUGAGAAACAAGUAUGAACUAUUGAAAUCGAAAUAUAAGCCCACAGUAAAGCACGGAGGUAAAUGUGAGAAGACAAACCUGCUAGACCCCGAGAGCGAGCAGGAGAUGGACGAACUGGCUGAUGAAGCCAUGGGACAGGAAAUGGCUUUGGUGUCACAGUGCCAGAAGGAAUUGAAGGACAAUUUUAAGAUAGUAUUCCAAACACCGCCAAUGGUGCAACAGUUCAAGGUAGAAAAGGUUAAGAACGCUGAGGCGCUCAACAGAUGUCGUAUGGAGGUUCUGGAGGACAUUAAGAAGAGCCCGUUGUCGAGGCUCAAGGCGAUGGAAGCAAUUCUGACGAAAAAAAAGAGAGAACACGAUUAUGUUUGGAAGGGAGUAAUAAACAAGCAGAACUUGUCACUUCAUGAAACAGUAGGAGGAGACUGCCCUGUCCUGACUAAACUGUUAUUGGAAUAUGGAGCCAGCCCCAACGCAGAAGACAGGAAAGGUAAUACUCCUCUUCACUAUGCCGCCAGGAACGGCAACGCGGUGGUUGGCAGAGCGCUGGUUGAAGCCGGGGCUCAUGUAAACGUGCAAAACUCACGCAAAAUGACUCCACUUCACGUGGCGUUGUAUCAUAAGCACAUAUAUUUCAGUUUGAUGCUUCUAAGAAGUCAGACAGACGUGACUCUCUUGGACGAUAGUCACAAUACCGCUCUACACUUGGCGGCUCUGCUAGGAAGUGCCAUUGUUGUGGGUGCAUUGAUAGAGAAGGGAGCGGAUGUCAAUGCUGCUGAUCUUGACGGCGACACUCCGAUCUUCAACGCUGCUAUUGGUGGUAAUGAGGUAACGGGGAAUGUCCUUGCGAGCAAGGGUGCAGACCUUUCAGCUAUAAACAAUUAUGGUUCAACCCCUCUGCAUGCAGCUGCCUGGGAAGGUUGUACUUCUUUCUGCAUAUUUCUUCUUAACCAAGGCGUUCCUGUUGAUCCUAUGAAUUCACAGAACGUAACCCCGUUACAUCUGGCUGCAAUGGAGAAUGAAGGUGAUAUUGUGCAGUUACUCAUUACUGGAGGCGCGAGAGUUAACUGUCUGGAUGAGAAAACAGACUCGCCGCUCCACUACGCAGCAAAAUUCGGUAACGUCCCCAUGAUGAAAACUCUUUUACGUGCUGGAGCGAAUGUUUCGGCGGUAAAUGCUCUAAGGAGGACACCGUUACACCUCGCAGCUGCUAAAGGACACACGGAGGCAUGUUCACUUCUUAUAAACGCAAAAUCAGACGUGAAUGCUUCAGACGAAAGGGACAGAACUCCUCUGCACAUGGUCGCGAUGUAUGGAGGCAGCAUUUCCGUAGCGGAAGUUCUCGUUAAGAAGGGUGCCAACGUGACUGCUGUGGACAGAAAUGGCUUGACACCCUUCGAUUUGGGGUAUACUUUCAAAAACGUGGAAUUUGCCGCGUGGCUGGAAGAAGAGAUUUUUGCGCGUGAUGGACGGAGAGAGAAGGGCUCAGUCAGAAAGAGGAGCAGGCGUGAAAUCCUACAGUUGGCCCUAGGACCUGUCAUGCAGGGACACGAACGUAGCGGAAACUUAAGAAUGGCCGAGGAUGACAUGGUCCACGAGUUAGAAUUUCGGCUUCAGGUGCUUGAAUUGCGAAUGCACCAAGUGAUAAGCCGCGUCGAGCGCUCUAGUCUGGUGCUCAUUCACCUCAGACAGCGGAUUCAGAUGCUAGACUCUGUGUGCAAUGAGGUCCUGGGACGGGGAAGUUUUGUUUCGAGCUUGGAAGUGCGAGAGAAGAUAACAGUUAUAGAAGUGUCCCAUGGCGCCUUGGAGGGGCAGAAUGAAUCUGUAGAUGAGAUUGCGGAACCUAAACGUCUGGUAGUAAGUGAAGAAAUCACAGUCGAAUUUGAAAAGCAAGUAAAGCGGGUAGCAAAAUACCUGGAGGAAAUCUCAGGAGCGUCAGAGCUGUCGGUUCAGUCUUUGCAACAAACAGAAAUGGAAUCGAGUCUUCCGGAAGAUUUAAUAGAAGAUGACAAAUCUGACCAUCCAUCACCGAGUCUACGAUUUUUUGACCAAUCUGAAGGCCACACGGUAGAGGAUUCUGGACAAGUAACGGCAGGCGAGAAGGCGGAUGAGCAGCUUAGAGACGCCAAGGAUGUAAGGAUGGAACAACAGACGGAUGAAUGUGGAAAGAAACUGAUAGUUUUAAUUCAAGAAGUUGAACAGCUUAAAGAGACAGAGGAAACAGACCUGAUAAAAGCACACAAGAAACCGAAAGUUGAGAGAAAAAUUAGGUUUGAAGAUAAAAGAAAAUCGGAAGAUGUUCAACGAAAAAGCAACGAAUUCGAAAUUCAGUUUGUGGACAUCGCAGGAAGUGACUCAAAAGAUUUAGUGGAUUUAGAUAAAGGCCCCGAAACGGGGACGCCGAUUGAAGUGGUGCAUGGCAUGGACAAAAGGACGCACUGUGCAGAAACUGAGAAUCCGCAGCGAGACAUUGCUGAGGAAUCAAGGACUGUGUCCAUGGAAGAAGAAAAAGAACAUUGUUACCCAUUAGAAACGACGGAGUUGGAGGCAGCGCUUGGGACUCUCGGGGCUACUGGAUCAGAUCUUUCAAAAGAAUUGGUCAGACAGACUUCUGAAGCAGGACGGAUCCAAGAGGAGGUGGUACAAAGUAAGGCUGAAGAAGAAGAAGAGCUAAACCAUGAUUACGAAUCAAAAAUGGCCAAAACGGUGGGACAUUUUGAAGAAUCUCAACCGAAUACUUCAGACUGGAAGUCUGACGAACUGGACAAAAUGCUUUCUGAAGAAGCAGACAAUCGAGAAGAGUUAGUGCAAAGCGUCGCAAACGAUUCGCUGGAAAUGAUUACACACGCUAUUGAAGUCAGAAUGAAUGCGAGGAUGCCGACUGAUCUGAAGAAAGGAGUAGGUGAAUAUUUCAAGGAAACUAUCGAGGUUAUCCUAAAACCGUUCAAACUGGACAUAAAGUGGCUUGAAAGCGAACUGCAGGCGGUCACUGGUCUCAAGUGUCGGCUCGAAAGUCAAAUGCUGCACUUGGACACAGCAUUGCGGAAGACACUUAUGAAGGAAAAGUCUUUCAGGGAGCGAAUUCAUGAAUUAGAAGAGGAUCUCAACGUAACUUUAAUGACUCUACAAACGUCAAAGGAUUAUGCGCAGCAGUUGCUGGGAAAAUAUGAAGAGGUGACCUUUAACAUUGAACGUGAAAUGAACAAACACAGAAAUUUGUGUCGGUCGUAUAAGAAUUUGAUAAGUGAAUAUGAAAAAUUGAAAGCCAAAAAUGAGGGCAAAGCAAAAUCUGGAGAUGGACGUGAGGUUACAGGCCAGGCAAAUGAGGAGCUAGUUGAAGAUAGAUCUGCUGUUACUGACGUGGAAGAACAGAUGUCUCUGUUGGUAAAAUCUCAGACGGAGCUGAAGAAGAAAAUCAUGGUUUACAAUGAAGGUCCUCCACUGUUCGGGGAUUUGAAUGAAGAAAUGGUCGAAGGUGCCGAGGUCCUCGACGGUUAUCGCAAGUUAAUAUUGGACACGUUGGAAAGGCAACCACACUUAGAGUGCGAGAUGAUAGAGGAAACCCUGGCAACAAGGAAGCGUCAGCAUGACUAUUUAUGGAAGGGCGUUAUAAAAGAGCGAAGGCUGACACUGCAUAGAGUGGUAGGGACUGACAGCCCUUUACUGACCAGUCUAUUGCUGGAAUACGGAUUCAGCCUAGAGUGGGUAGACAUUGACGGUAACACUGCCCUGCAUUGUGCCGCCGAACGAGGUAACGUACAUGUCGGCAGGGCACUGCUUAAAGCCGGGGCUUUUGUAAACGUCCAGAAUUCACUCAAGAUGACACCUCUGCAUGUGUCGCUGUAUUUUGGACACGUUAAUUUCAGUUUAAUGCUCCUAAGAAACGGGGUAAAUGCGAACCUGACAGACUUGUACCUCAACACGCCUUUACAUAUGGCAACUAUGAGUGAAAAUUUUGUGGUGGUGAAUCAACUGAUAGAAAACAAAGUGAAUGUAAACGCUGUUGACGCUGAUGGUGAUACACCCCUUUUUAACGCCGCCAUUAUAGGAGAUAAAGACAUGGCGGAAAUGCUAAUUCAAGCAGGUUCAGACGUUGCAGUCAUGAACGGCAUGGGUUCGACCCCUUUGCAUGUAGCGGCCUGGCAAGGCAAAACUGCUUUCUGCCUUUACUUACUUAGGAGAGGCGUUCAUGUCGAUCCGAUUAAUUUUUAUAAUGUAACUCCGUUACAUCUGGCCGCAAUGGAAAAUCACGUGUACGUAGUGCAGUUACUUAUCCACCGAGGCGCGAGAGUUAACUGUCUGGAGGACAGAGUAGACUCUCCUCUCCACUACGCAGCACAGUUUUGUAACGUCCCCAUGAUGAAAAGUCUCAUACGUGCUGGUGCGAAUAUUUCAGCGAUGAAUUUUCAAGAGAGGACACCGUUGCACAUCGCGGCUGCUAAAGGACACACAGAAACAUGCUCAAUCCUUCUAGAAGCAGGUUCGGACGUGAAUGCUUUAGACGUAAAUAAGAGAACUCCCCUGCACAUGGUCGCGAUGUAUGGAGGUAGUAUUGCCGUAGCGGAAUCUCUCGUUAAGAAGGGUGCCAACAUGACUGCUGUGGACAGAAAUGGCUUGACACCCUGCAAUUUGGGGCAUGUGUACAAAUAUUUUUUAUUUUGUAAGUGGUUGGAAAAGAGGAUUCUUGUUACUCAGCCACAGAGAGGAAAGGGCGCGCGGAGGAAAAGGAAGAAGCAAACCUCUAAACAAACGAUUUCAAUGUGACGUUUCGCCCUGUACCAUAAGAGGGAAAGGCGCUUCGUUUUGUUAUUUUACUGUCUUAACUAACUCGCGUGUUUUAAAAUGAGUGUCUCCCUUUGUCCGUUGCUCUCAGUAUCAAUUGCAUUUCGAUAUGAACUGAGAGGAACCGAACUAAGUUUCAUGACAAAGUUUUAGAGAAAUCAACAAAAAUAGAAUUCCAUGUCUGACUUCCUACUGCAUUGACUUCACUUCUUGCAGAUGCUCGUUAAAUGUUGGCAUAUUGCGCAACGCGGCUUCAUUUACAGCCACAGCUUACUGAAUAUUGAGGACAUUUACGAGAGUCGGAAUUCUUUAGUUUGUCACGUGCAAACAAACAAUUUUAAAUAAUCUGAAAUAUUAUUAAGUCACUCUAAAUUUGUAAAGUAUUCAGUGAAAGGAACUGUUCUUUUUGAUAAAUGUUUCUUACGUCUAAAAUUUAACGCCUUACUUGUAUAGAUAUCAGAGUUAUAUUUUCAUAAUUUAUUAAUGCGGGUGAUUCAUGAUGUAAUUUAAGCUAGGUCUACAUGUUAGAAUUCGUUGUUAAACGCAGUUUUUAUUCUUGUAUAUUCCAGAAUUUUGACUGAUGGUAAUAUAUUACGUAUAGAUACCAUUAUGAUAUUCCCUCACGUUUUUACAUUAAAACGUUUAUUUUUGCAUCACACAAGACAGUUACAUAUUUUUUUAUCUGUUAACAGAUUUUACACACUUAUAUAGUUCUGUGACGUAAUGGAAGAGAGAGGUAAGUCACUAAGCAUCGCUUUUUAGAGAAAAAUAUAAAACUUCAGUAUUUUAAUGAACAAUGAACUUAACUCGUUUGUUUUAGUAUGUCACUGACUAGGAAGUAUUGCGCUCCAGUUAUAUAAAUCUCUUUGCACUCAAUCCUCUCAUUGAGGAUAAUUUCUCGAUGUUCCGGUUUCAUUUCGACUUUACUGUUUUUCUUUAAUUCCAUUGGUUUGAUGUUGUAUUUACAAAGCCUGACGGCGCAUAUUAUUUAAUGGGAAAAACGAAAUAAAUGAAGCCGAGCUGUAAAUAAAUUUACAUAUAGGCUGUUUUAACUGAUACUGAAUUCAAGCAAGUUGUUUUUAAUAGGCAUGAUAUUGUUUUUUUUGGUAAGAAUUGUAGAGAUACUUUAAAUUUGACAUAAGGUAUAUUUUAAUAUAUCAUGUCAUUUGAAUUGUGUUCAUUAUACGCUUUAUUCAUACUUGUAACAUGCAUAUUGUUACGCAUUUUAAAGUUGGAAUAUAACUGGCUGAAGCUUACGAAACUAUUUAUACAUUGUUUUGUAGUAAUC